UCGGGCAAGCGGGCAAGGAAUGGGGCUUCCCUGCUGAGGGGCGAGAGCUGCCCGCCCGCUCCUUUUUGGAGAGCUCGCAGGAAGAAAUAGCACCGCGCCAUCCCGGAGAAUGGGAAUCGGGGGAGAUCCUUGGCAGAUGCCUGCUACCAUCAAGACCUACAAUUCAGCCUGCUGAUGGAUGAGUGAGCUAUUAGUGCUAAAAGCCGCUAGAAAGACAUUGGCGCCUCCAGCCAUCCAGCCUUUCUCUUGAAAAAUGAGGAGCAGAAGCAACUCUGGAGUCCGUUUAGACGGCUACGCCCGGCUUGUUCAACAGACCAUUUUGAGUUAUCAGAACCCUGUUACAGGACUGCUCUCUGCCAGUACUGAGCAAAAGGAUGCUUGGGUACGAGAUAAUAUUUAUAGCAUUUUGGCUGUGUGGGGCCUGGGGAUGGCCUACAGGAAGAAUGCAGAUCGGGAUGAAGAUAAAGCCAAAGCAUAUGAAUUGGAGCAGAACGUUGUGAAACUGAUGCGGGGACUUCUGCAAUGUAUGAUGAGACAGGUAGAUAAGGUUGAGAAGUUCAAGCACACACAGAGUACCAAGGACUGCCUGCAUGCCAAAUAUAAUACAGCCACUUGUGGUACAGUAGUUGGAGACAAUGAGUGGGGACAUCUACAAGUAGAUGCAACUUCCCUUUACCUUCUCUUCUUGGCUCAGAUGACAGCAUCAGGAUUGCGUAUUAUAUUUACCCUUGAUGAAGUUGCCUUUGUACAGAAUCUUGUGUUUUACAUAGAGGCUGCCUACAAAGUUGCUGAUUAUGGCAUGUGGGAACGUGGUGAUAAGACGAACCAGGGCAUCCCUGAACUGAAUGCAAGCUCUGUAGGAAUGGCCAAGGCCGCACUGGAAGCAAUUGAUGAAUUGGACCUUUUUGGAGCUGGAGGAGGACACAAGUCAGUUAUUCAUGUCCUUCCAGAUGAAGUUGAGCAUUGUCAGUCUAUCCUGUACUCCAUGCUGCCAAGGGCCUCCACCUCAAAAGAGAUUGAUGCUGGACUUUUGUCCAUUAUUUCUUACCCAGCCUUUGCUGUAGAGGAUAUGAAUGUUGUGAAUGCAACAAAAAACGAAAUUAUCACCAAGCUGCAGGGACGGUAUGGCUGCUGCCGUUUUAUUCGAGAUGGCUACAAAACACCGAGAGAAGAUCCGAAUAGAUUACACUACGAUCCUGCUGAGCUCAAGUUAUUUGAGAACAUAGAAUGUGAGUGGCCUGUAUUCUGGACCUAUUUCCUAAUUGAUGGAGUGUUUAAUGGAGACAGAAUUCAGGUACAAGAGUACAGAGAUGCUUUGGAGGGGAUACUCAUUAGGAAAAAGAACGGGAUUCUUCUGAUGCCAGAACUAUACGCUGUUCCUCCAGAUAAGGUGAAUGAAGAAUAUGAGAAUCCUCACACAGUGGACCGUGUCCCAGCUGGAAAGCUUCCUCAUCUGUGGGGCCAGUCAUUGUACAUUCUUAGCGCCCUCCUAGCAGAGGGAUUUCUGGCUACUGGUGAAAUCGAUCCAUUAAACAGAAGGUUUUCAACCGCUUUUAAGCCCGAUGUUGUUGUUCAAGUAAAUGUCAUAGCAGAGACAAAUGAAAUUAAGAAGCUGUUGAGACACCAUGGAAUCCAUGUUCAGAGCAUUGCUGACAUUAACCCGACCAGAGUUCAGCCAGCACGGAUUCUGAGCAAUCUGUAUGCCAAGCUUGGCCGCAACAAGAGCAUGAAGCUGAGUGGAAGGCCUUACCGACAUAUCGGUGUCCUGGGAACAUCUAAGCUCUAUGUUAUAAGAAAUCAAAUAUUUACUUUUACCCCACAGUUUAUAGAUCAACAUCACUUCUAUUUGGCUUUAGACAAUCGGAUGAUUGUGGAGAUGCUACGAACAGAGUUGGCUUAUCUUACUUCAUGUUGGAGGAUUACAGGAAGACCAACCCUCACUUUCCCAAUAACCAAUACAAUGCUCACCAAUGAUGGGUCUGACAUUGAUCCAGCAAUUCUUGCCACAGUAAGAAAACUUGGGGAUGGCUACUUUGGAGGGGCCAGGGUGAAGCUGGGCAAGUUUUCAGACUUCCUGACCACUUCAUUCUAUACAAACCUCAGCUUUCUGGACCCUGAUUCUGAUGGAAAGCUCUUUGAUGAUGACAAUGAAGGUUAUUCCAGCCCUGAAAGUGGAUAUGAACUAGAUUAUGCAGACUUCGGCAACAAAGAAUCCCAGGACGAACUGGACCAGUAUAUAAACACAAUGUUACAGAGCACUGCUCUUAAAUCACACUUGCCUCCGAUAUCAAAAACAUCUGGUUCAAGCUAUGUGUUUAGUGCUGCUCAUUCUACCAGAGAAAUACUGUCAAUCAUGGCCAAGACGAAGGGUCUGGAUGUUCCCAAUGUUUCGAUGUCUUUGCCUACAAAGGUUUUGAACACCCACCGGAAAUCUCUGAACCUUGUUGACUCACCACAUUCACUGGUGGACGAAGAGCCGGAGGCUGUUCUUCAAUUGCCAAAAGAUGCUCACGGCGAUUUGGACUGUGUGAAAUUAGUAGAGCAGUUAAAGGAAUGUCCCACUUUACAUGACCAGGCAGAUAUAUUGUACAUCCUGUAUCUAAUAAAAGGCCUUGACUGGGAAACAUGUCUCUAUGGCCAGUGUGGAAUCACAGUUCAUUGUCUUCUCAAUGAGCUCUACAGCAAAGCAGGCCUGAACCAAGAAUGGGGGCUGAUCCGCUAUAUCUCUGGCAUACUGCAAAAAAGAGUGGAAGUCCUAGCUGAGGCAUGCACAGACCUCCUGUCACACCAGAAGCAACUUACAGUAGGCCUGCCACCUGAGCCACGUGAAAAAACAAUAACAGCGCCUUUGCCACCUGAGGAACUAAGCAAACUCAUAUAUGAAGCCAGUGGUCAAGACAUCAGCAUUGCAGUUCUUACUCAGGAAAUCAUGGUAUACUUGGCUAUGUAUGUCCGGUCACAGCCCAGUCUAUUUGCAGAGAUGCUCAGGCUCCGCAUUGGACUCAUCAUUCAAGUGAUGGCCACAGAACUUGCUCGCAGCUUGAAUUGUUCAGGUGAAGAAGCCUCCGAAAGCUUAAUGAAUCUAAGCCCCUUCGAUAUGAAAAAUCUCCUCCAUCAUAUUCUCAGUGGGAAAGAAUUUGGAGUCGAAAGGAGCAUGCGUCCUCUCGAUUCUUCAACAUCAAGCCCUGCUAUAUCUAUCCAUGAAGUGGGUCAUACGGGAGCAACGAAAACGGAACGAAGUGGCAUCACUAGGCUGAAGAGCGAGAUGAAGCAGAGACAUUGGAGGCUAAGUAGUAGCGAACAGUUCUUCUAUGGGGGCCAUUCCACAUCCAGCAGCAUGCAUUCUUCCAGGUCCAUGAGAUGCAGUAGCCCAUCGUCUCCUACUAGUACAUCAUCAUUGACAGGGUCUGGUGGGCACUGUAUCAGUUGGGGUGACCGACAAGGGCAGUGGCUUCGCAGGAGGAGGCUGGAUGGUGCCAUUAACAGAGUCCCUGUGGGUUUCUAUCCUAAAGUGUGGAAGAUCCUUCAAAAGUGUCACGGUCUCUCCAUUGAUGGCUAUGUCCUUCCUUCUUCAACGACAAGAGAGAUGACAGCUUGUGAGAUCAAGUUCGCUGUCCACGUGGAGUCGGUGCUGAACCAUGUACCCCAGCCUGAAUAUAGGCAGCUGCUGGUGGAGGCCAUUCUUGUACUUACCCUGUUAUCUGACAUAGAGGUGAACAGCAUUGGAGGCAUCAUUCAUGUGGACCGGAUAGUGCACAUAGCAAAUGACCUCUUCCUUCAGGAACAGAAAUCUCUUGGAGCAACUGAUGUCAUGUUGGAACAAGACCUAGCCACGGGGAUCUGCUGCUUCUUCUACGACAGUGCCCCAAGUGGAGCUUAUGGGACAAUGACUUAUCUGACAAAAGCAGUAACGAGCUACCUUCAGGAAUUUCUUCCAAGCACAGGCUGCCUGAUGCAAUAAAUGGUUUAAAACACCAGGA